UUUGGAGUUUGUUGUCAUAAUUUAGAAAAUGGCCGCGAAACAAAAUUCGAUUACAAAAUACGAAGGACAGGCGUCUGACGAUAUUCCACUGCCGUCCUUGGAGGAAAGCUUAAUGAGCUUAGAAAAACUGGAUCGUGCAUCACCUGAGCUGUGGCCUGAGCAAAUUCCUGGAGUAUCAGAAUACGCGCCGCAGCAAAACAGUAACCAGUCACCGCCGUCAUGGAGCGGUAGAUUCACCAAAGAGGACUACAAACAUAUGCAACAACUGGGAUCACUAACAGCAGCCAGCCUAAUACUUGAAGUGAAAAAGUUGCAUGAUAUAGCAUAUCAACUCGGUUUGGAAGAAGCUAAAGAAAUGACAAGAGGAACAUACUUGAAUAUUUUCUCUUCGAGAAGGUAGUUAAGUAAUAGUUUAUAGGUAUCCACUCUAAAAUAAUGAGACAGCGAAUUUGAUAUAAAAAAAAAUAUUUUAUAUGAAAUUUUGUGCCUCGACUCACAAUUUGAACUUUAGUAGAAUAUAAAAGAGGCUGUUUCACCACUUACUGAUAAGGGCCAACGCCAAAACUCGCGCGGGCGCACGCUCACGUGUGUAUCCUCCUCCUCGCGUCGUCUUCCUCAUUGCUGAGGGUCGUGAUUCCCCUUUUGGAGUUAAUG